AUGCGAGAAAAGGUCCGGCAAGAGCGGGAGCAAGAAAAUGCGCAACAGGAAGCUCUUCGGAAGGAGCGCAAUGCUCGCUUGCAAGCGUGGCCGCGAAUCUAUAACACGGUGUACAGCUGGACGCACGCCCCUCGCCCGGACAGCCCACCUCCCAGAGACGAAGACUCUGACGGCUAUGAUAAUCCCAUUGGAGCUCCGCAACAGGUUCCUUUGAGCGAGUCCUCGUGGUCAACGUGGAUUCUGUUCAAGCUUGCCGAUUCUUGUGUGGACAUUCUCAACUUCCUUUUUUCGCCUCGUUCAUGGCACAUCAAGGCAUUGCUCGGUAUCCUGCUUGUCUCUCUUCUUGGAUGGGGCGCCAUGACAGGGCUCAGAUCGGCUCCCGCUCUAGGACUGGGCGGCGUCCAGUGGUACGGUUUAUCAGAUAUCUCUCACAAUCUUGGGCAGUUUGUACCGUUGUGGAUGUCGCGGCCGACUACGGUGUUCAGCGACGAAGACAAGAGGGAAUUCACCCGGCAACAACGCAACCAUGAAUAUGAACUCACAAAGUUAGCCAAGGCCAGCAAACUCCACGGUGGCUCAUUAUCACGACUGGAGGAGAUUGUGCCUAAAAUUGUCCACAUGAAACUGGACAAGCAUGGGCGACCUAUCGUAGGGGAAGAGUUCUGGCAUGCCUUGCGUGACCUGAUGAAGAGCGACAACGAAAUAUUGACCAUGGACAGAGGUCACGGCGGCUAUCACUUUAUCUCGGAAGAGCACUGGCGAGCAAUCCGGGACAGGCUCAAGAAGGAUCCCGUAUACCAGAGUGCCGCGUCUCCAGCGGCGCCCGGACCCUCGGCCGCUGAGAUUGAGAACAUUGCCCAAACUAAGUUCGACAAGUCUUGGGAGAAGUGGCUUAGGACGAACGAUAAGCAGGUGGCCAAAAUUCUCGAACCCGCCUUUUCAACGUCCAUUCCGGAUAAGAUCGGGAAGGACCUCGAGUACAAGAUCGAAAAAAUCGUCAAAGAUCGGUUCAAGGACAAGGAGACAAAGGACGUUGUGGUCACGCGUAAUGAGUUCAUCCGCCAUCUCAAGAGCGAGUUUGCCAUCCACCGUAACGAGGUCAAGGCCGAAGCCCAGGAGCUGCAGAAGAAGCUAGAGCACUACAUCAACGACGCCGUCAAGUCCGCCUCGGAAAAAACCCCGCCUGCCGGAGUUUCUCGUUCCGAAAUGAUCCAGGUUGUUGACAGCAUGGUGCGCCAGGCAAUUGCAAAUGCUGGAUUAGAGGCUCUCGCUCAAGGCAAGAUCGGGGCCACUUGGGACCGGGAACUCCGACACCAAGUCAAUUUCCUCGGCCGUCACACUGGUGUCAUCAUUGAUGACUCGGCAACUACCCCCGAUUACGACCCUCCUGUCAAAGGAAAGAUCUGGAGUUCUACCUGGUUCAAGGGGACGCAGCGAGACCGGAAGCCCGUGCCUGCAUCCGCUACUCUGUGGAACUGGGAGGACGAAGGCGACUGCUGGUGCGGCAAGGUGAUCGUCGACAAGAGCGGAGUAGAGCUUGGUGUCCGUGUCGGCUACCUCCUUGGCCACGAGAUCAUUCCGCAACACGUCGUGGUCGAACACAUCCUGCCCGGUGCUACGCUGGACCCCAAUGCCAGGCCCAAGGAAAUCGAUGUGUUGGCCUACAUUACCGAGAUCAACACUCGCAGCCGUGUCAAGGACUUUGCUGCCGCUCACUUCCCCAGCAGCAAGAUCGUUCUCUCCGACGGCUGGGUCAGGAUCGGCCACUUCACGUACGAAAGCAGCGACGCGCUGAAUGGGGUGUACGUACACAAGCUCAGCCCCGAGUUGGUAUCUCUGGGAGCUGUUACGGAUCAGAUUGUCCUCCAGAUGGUCAGCAACUAUGGUUCGGACCACACGUGCUUGUACAGAGCGCGCCUCUACGGCGAGAAGCGCUCUUGA